CUGAGCUACACCAUAGACAGUGAUGUCAUCCACAUCAGAGUCAUAGACAAGAAGCUCAUAAAUGCCGCAGAGUCUGUCUUAGAGAGUCUUACUUUGACUGAAAGAAAGUGCAGUGAACUUAUGGAUGACAGCAGAUCAAAAAUAUUCGGUGCAUUUAACAGAAAGAUUCAAGACAUGAUGAAACACUGUCAAACCUACAGACAAGACUUAAAUACCAGAAUUCAAUCCUUGAUCCAGUCAAUUCAAGCCUGUGAAAAAGACAUCUGUGAUUUGGCAAAUCUUCUACAAGCUCAUGAAGAAUCUCCAUUUAAAGCCACCAGUCUUACAGAGUGGAUCACCAUAAAAGAAAAAGAAUUAAAUGUAGUUACUAGAAUUCUUCAACAACUUCUGGACUCUGGAGCAGAGGAACACAAUAACUUGGAUACAAUUUUGUCAGAUAUUAAUGUGGAGAAUGUGUUGUGCUACACAUUCAGUUCUCUUGAGGAGCCAGAUGAGUUGCUUUCCCAUCAUGAAAAUUACCUAAAACAUCAAAUGAUGAGGAGAGAUUUGGAGAAGAUGCCUGAUGCAGUGUCUCGGACAUGGCUCCAAGGAACAGUCCGAGAAAAAAUGAGAGAACAUUUACAAAUAUUUAAAGACAUAAUGACUUCACAUCAUCGCAGUCAGUCCAUAACUUUUUUGAUUUUGUCAAAAGACCACACAAUCCAUCCAGGUUCUUGCAUUCUCUUGUAUGAAAACGGAUCUGAUGAAGAUAUUUGCUUCACUCCUCCAUCAAAACCAGCCUGUCCAAUCAUUAUACAGGUCAGAGGUCACAGUGUAGUUCUUAAGAUGCCUUCAUCGUGUCCUGUUACAGUAGAGCUGAAGUUACUGUACAAAAUGAAGGAAGAGAGAGAAUGGAAAUCUCAACAUGUGCACAAGAGCGAAGAUACAGUAACUCUAAAAGAUCUCAGUCCAGACACUCAGUAUGAUAUUAAAUAUACAGCAGUGGGGAAACUCAACUACACCACAGACAGUGAUGUCAUCAGAGUUGCUACACACGCAGACACCGUUGAAGAGGCAUGCUUCUCUAAUGAUGACAAAAAAGAGAUCAGCAAAACAUGGAGUGAAAGACAGAAAAUAAAAAUGGAGGAAUCUGCUUUAAUGACAGAAAAUCAAGAAUCACAAAAGCAUCGAUUACAAAAAGAACUGCUGCAAAAAAACAAGCACAUUGAGGACGAACAGAAUAAUCAAAAGGAGCAAAAUGCAGAGUUGGAGAAUUUGAUGAGUCAAAAGGAGAGAUCGCGGGAGAAAACAUUCAAGGAGCUGGAAACCAGUAAACAUCAGCUAGAGGAAAAACAUGAACCAGACCAACAGCUGAGGAAUUCAGGUGGAGUCAAACUGUUCUCCAUGUUGACUGGAAAAACAAAUAACUCUCAUAAAAGUUUUGUUUACUCUCUGAUGAACCGAGUUGAAGAUCUGAGAGAAGUUCCUAUGGUGGAUGGGAGUAACAUUGUUUUGGUUUUCUGUCCUAUUGUUUCUCGAGCUGGAACUGAUAUUGAAGCAGCACUGAAAAUGUUUACUGACUCUACAGCCUCUAAAUUGAAAGUUCUGGUGGUGCUACAUCACACAUUUGAGCCAGAGAAAACUGUACCAGAGAGCAGCAGAUGUGUCAACAGGACAGAUAUACUGACAGUGGACUGUCUGUUCUAUGAAGACACAGGAUUACUAAAGUGUCAGAGAAAUGAUGAGGCAAUAGACAAGGUUGUUGAUUGGUUAAUAGAGCAGGGGAAGACAUCAGUUGUUGAAGUAUGUCCACGUCAAUUAAAGGGAUUAGCAUCAAGGAAAAGAUCACACAAGUCUGUGCAGGAGGAAGGUCAAUCUGAGAUGGUGGAUUUUAAAAAGAGUAAAAGUAAUGAGCCAGAGAUUUGUACAGAGGACGUCAAAGUUUGCAUUAUUUCGAGUGGAAAAACGAAUGAGACUCACAUAAAAAUUUUCAACACUCUGAGUGCCCGCAUUAAAUCUCUGAAGGAAGUUCCUACAGUAGAUGAGAGUCACGUUGUUUUGGUUUUCUGUCCUGUUGUGUCUCGAGCUGGAACUGAUAUAGAAGCAGCUCUGAAGAUAUUUGACGACUCCACAGCCUCUAAGAUGAAAGUUCUAGUGGUGCUACAUCACACAUUUGAUCUAGAGAAAACUGUACCAGACAGCAGCAGAUGUGUCAACAGGACAGAUAUACUGACAGUGGACUGUCUGUUCUAUGAAGACACAGGAUUACUUUAGUGUCAGAAAAAUGAUGAUGCAAUUGACAAAGUUGUGAACUGGUUAAUACAGCAGGGAGAGACAGCGGGAGUUAAAGUUUGUCCAUGUCAAAGCAAGUCAUCUUUCAGCAGAGCAUCACGUUGGCCAGAUUUUACACAGUGGAUGAAACCAGGAUCUUCAAGGGGUAAUCAUUAAGGAUGGUUGCACAGAAUAACAUGGAGGUUUAGGAAUUAUCUUUUGUUACACCAUCAUUCAGAAGAUCCUGUGACUGACAGCUAUAUGUAAAUCAACUCACUCUGCUGAGAUGUCAACACAUAUUAGCUGCUUGUUGUGAUUCACACACGGCAAGUGCUGAUAUCUACUAUAACCCUGUUCUUUCCAGCCACAGCACCUUAUUGUGUUCAUGUGACUUAAUUGGUUGCAGUGCAAAAGGUUGUGGGUUCAAAUCCCAGGGAACACACAAAACCUAGUCGAAAAAUGUAUAAAUUGAAUGCACUGUAAUUUGGGAUAAAAGUGUCUGUCAAAUGUGUCAAUAAAAAUAGUGCUAAAAUUGUCAAAGGUAUUUUGUUGAAUUACUCCUUACGUGAUUGUACUUUAAGUAGUCUAUUCAUUUA